UCUAAUACAGAAAUAUGUUCAAGCAAUUUUUUACAAAUUUAAGUCAAAACUUUGUUGAGAUUUUGAAAGAUGAUAAUUAUUAUGAUAUUACUAUUGAAGUUGGUAACGGUUCAAAUGUAAAAAUAUUUCGUGCACAUAAGAUUAUUAUGUGUUACCGUUCUCCAUUUUUACGACGGACAUUGUCCUCCAACAAAAAAAAAUACAUUUAUGGUGGUUUCAUUUCGUUAAAUGAACAAGAACCUUCUGAAAUCUUAAAAGUUUUAGUCGCUGCUGAUCAACUACUACUUCAAGAACUAAUUAAUUAUUUGCAAACAUAUUUAAUUGAAAAUAAAUCUGAGUGGAUGGAACAAUGUUUUGGACUUAUUUACCAAACAGGUUUUCAAUCUAAUUCUUUAUUAGAACUUCAACAAUAUUGUACAAAUUUCAUGGCUAAAUUUCCUGAAAGAAUAUUUAAAUCACUUCAUUUUACCUCGCUUUCUGAAAAAUCAUUGAUUUCGCUUAUUAAAAGAGAUGAUUUACAA